UGUAAAACACUUAAACGUUUGCCGAGCACCCAGUGCGACAGAUCGUAUCCACCAGUCCGAGAGUUCUGUGAAGAGGAAAACAAGAAGCCUGAUAAGCAGCCAGUCUAGCGGCUAAUAAAGUUGUUAUUGAAUUUAGCGAUUUACAAGAUCUAUAAAUAAGCUUCCAAGCAAACCUUGUAAUCAUGGGACUGACGCGCGUGCUGGUGAAGGAUGGCGGCUUCGGCACCCAGAUGACCGUCCAUGUGGGCAACUCGGUGGACGGGGAUCCGCUGUGGAGUGCCCGAUUCAACGCCACCAACCCGGGGGCCAUCAUCAGCACCCAUCUGGACUUCCUGCAGAAUGGAGCCGAUAUCAUUCUAACCAACACCUAUCAGUCCAGUGUCGAGGGUUACAUGGAGUAUCUGGAGCUGGACGAGGAGCAGAGCAUCGAGCUGAUAAGGAACACGGUUCGUUUGGCACACAUCGCCAAGGAGCGCUAUCUCACCGAGUGCUAUCAGGCCCAGCUGGCGGUUCCAGAAGGCUACCCCUUGAUCAUUGCGUCCAUUGGGCCUUUCGGGGCCCACCUGCACGAUGGCUCCGAGUACACCGGCAGCUAUGCCGACUACGUGCCCGCCAAGGAGAUCACGGAUUGGCAUCGCGUGAGGAUCGAGGCCUGUCUGGAGGCUGGCGUGGACGCACUGGCCAUCGAGACGAUUCCCUGCCAAAUGGAGGCGGAAGCUCUGGUGGAGAUGCUGUGCGACGAUUACCCGGAGGUGAAGUUCUGGGUGGCCUUCCAGUGCAAGGAUGAGAGUACCCUGGCGCACGGCGAGACCUUUGCAGACGCCGCCAAUGCGAUUUGGGACUUAUUGGCCGAACGAAAUGCGCAGGAUAAAUGCCUGGCCAUCGGGGUGAAUUGUGUGCACCCCAAAUUUGUGACCCCACUGUUCAAGAGCUUGAACGGGGAUCGCGAAGUGGACGAGCAGAUUCCCCUGGUGGUUUACCCCAACAGUGGGGAGGUCUACGACGUGGUCAACGGCUGGCAGGGAAGGGAGCACUGCGUUCCCCUGGCGAACUACGUGCCCGAGUGGGCGCAGUUGGGGGCCAAGGUCAUCGGAGGCUGCUGUCGCACCUACGCGAGGGAUAUUCGCCACAUCGGCGAGGCCAUUCGCAACUGGAACAAGCUGAAGAAGCUCUCCUAGAGACGAGCUCCCAAUCUGGGUAUCUCAGUAACUUCGAACAGAACAAAUGCAUUUCAAAUUAGUCGUGUAAAUAGAUCUAGUUAUGUUUUAAGGAAUAUAGUUAUUACUACUAAUAAAGAAAAGACAGACAAAA